CUCUCUCUCUCUCUCUCUCUCUCUCUCUCUCUCUCUCUCUCUCUCUCUCUCUCUCUCUCUCUCUCUCUCUCUCUCUCUCUCUCUCUCUCCGCCGUACCCUGGCUAGCAAGCUCUUCUUCUUCCUCGUCGAUCAUCUCUCACUUUGUUGAUCAUUAAUUGCCUCUGAUCGAUAUUCACGGCCACCAUAGAUAGAUUGUGAGCUCGCUCGUCGAUCUAUCUCUGCUAUCUAGCUGUUUCUUUAUACUCUCUUUCAUCAGGCUAGGGCGGCCUCCACUUGCAUUGGUUUCCUUUUAACAUUUCCAUCAAUCCCGUUCUCUGCAUUUAGUUUGAUCUCGUCAACCCCGUUCGUCCCCCCGUUCCCGUUCCCGAUCUGCACACGGCAGCCGCCCUCCCUCCCUCUCUCCUCCCUUCUCCUCUCUCUCUGUGUGCUAGCUAGGCUAGGCUACGAGGAGGAAGGGAAGAGGAACAAGGGAGUUUGUAUGCAUAGCUCAUGCAGAUCGAUGAACUCUUGCCUGCUAUAGCAAGAUAGUGACCUAGAGAGAGAAAGAGGGAGGGAGCUAGAGAGAAUACACAGAGCAACCAAAAGACAGGGAGAAGGAAGAUCAGAAAAGGUUCUUCAUUUCUGUCUCCUGGCUCUAUGUACUAUAUAUAGCUGCAGCUAGCAAGCUAGAUCUUCUGCAUUUGUACAAGGUUUCAUCACAUCUCUCUGAUUCGGAUUCCAACUAAGAUCAAAGAAAGAUUACAUUGAUCAAUAGAUCCCAGCCUGUCGGUCAAUAUAUAGAUGGGUAUGAGCAGCACACAAGCACAGACGACGCAGCAGCUAGUUCCUCCAGGUUUUCGGUUCCACCCGACCGACGAAGAGCUUGUGGACUACUACCUCAGAAAGAAGGUGGCCUCGAGAAGGAUUGAUCUCAACGUCAUCAAAGAUGUAGAUCUUUACAAGAUAGAGCCAUGGGAUCUCCAAGAGAAGUGCAGGUUGGGAGGACCUGGCGAGGAAGAGCAGAAUGAGUGGUACUUCUUCAGCCACAAGGACAAGAAAUACCCGACUGGCACCCGGACCAACCGGGCCACCGCUGCCGGGUUUUGGAAGGCCACUGGCAGGGACAAACCGAUCUACGCCAACAAGCAGCGGCAGCUGGUGGGCAUGAGGAAGACCCUGGUGUAUUACAAGGGCAGGGCUCCCAACGGCCACAAGUCCGACUGGAUCAUGCACGAAUACCGCCUUGAAACCAAUGAGAAUAGCCCUCCGCAGGAAGAAGGAUGGGUAGUAUGUAGGGUGUUCAAAAAGCGACUACCAACAACAAGAAGAGAAUCAGACCAUGAUGCACCAUGCUGGUAUGUUGAUGAGGAUGGACCCUUCAUGCAUGACCUUAACUCCCCCAUGAACAGAAUGCCGCCACAUCACGCCAUGUCACAGCUGCAAGAACAGCACCUCCAAAUGCUGAACAACACCUACAAGAGGGAGCUGAAGCUACAAUUCCAAAUGUCAAGCCAUCAUGUUCUCAACACCAUUCCUCACGAGCUAGAGAGUCCUUCCCUCCAUUCCUUGUUGGUCUCACCAGAUCAUCAAAUAAAUUUGCACCACCAUGCUCACCAGCAUGUUCAGCUCAUGGAUGAUGCAGUCGACCAAGUCACCGAUUGGAGAGUUCUAGACAAGUUUGUUGCAUCUCAACUUAGUCAUGAUGCAACAAAGGGUGUAGAUUAUACUGACGAAGGAGAUAUUAUUCAGGUCAAUGAGAAGCAAGAGGUGGCUACUGACUAUGCGUCAACGUCAACAUCCAGCACCCAAGUUGAUCCAUGGAAGUGAUGAUGCAAUUAAUCAAACAUAAUACCUCAUAUAGAAAUAUUAUCUUAAGAUCUACAAUAAUGAUGAUUAUUAUAUCGGAACAAUUGGACAGCUAAGUAAUUUGAUCUCCGGAAUUACGUGUAAAUAUAUAAGUAUUGAGAUGUGUAUCAUUGUACUACGUACUUAUUAUAUAUGCGUUUCAGGAUGUUGUACUGAA